AUGUCCAGACCCAUGUGUCUCACGGAGGGAACUCUGGGGACUGCCAGCCCCUGCCCCUCCGUCCAGGGAGCCAACUGUCCCUCUUCCCCUCAGCCCUGGGCCCCCAGGGCCCAGCAGGGCCUGUGUGUCCCCACCCGAGGACUUCUGUGCCUCGGACUCAUCCCAUGCCAGAGAGGCUGCCUGUACAGCCAGGGUCAGCUUGGCCCCAGACAGGGAUUCCGAAACCAAAUGUGUGUCAUGGCCACUUCAUGUGUGUCUCUGUCUUAUUUUAAUACCAGAUUCAUCAUGUGUAGUGAGAUUAAUAUCAGGAGGUUAUUUCUUGAAUGA